CACCGCUUCCUACUACACCACUCUCCCAAACAACCUCUCUUAAUUUCUCCAACAACUUAUCCUCCCAAAACGUCGUCGUUUCAUUCCUCUCCAUGGCUCCAACCGUACUGUCAACAUUUGCGACGGAGAUUAUUAUUCCGGUUUGCGCCGUUAUCGGAAUUGUUUUUUCGUUAAUCCAAUGGUUUUUAGUGUCUAGGGUUAAGAUGACACCUGACCGUAACGCUAAUAAUAAUAACAAUAGUAAUAAAAACGGGUAUGAUGAUUACUUGAUUGAAGAAGAAGAGGGAGUUAAUGAUCAUAACGUUGUUGUUAAGUGUGCUGAGAUUCAGAACGCCAUUUCUGAAGGUGCGACCUCCUUCUUGUUUACCGAAUACCAAUACGUCGGUAUUUUCAUGGUGGUUUUCGCAAUCUUAAUCUUCCUUUUCCUGGGCUCCGUCGAGGGUUUCAGCACGAAAAGCCAGAAAUGCACGUAUAACGUCCACCAGAUGUGCAAACCCGCACUCGCAACCGCCGCCUUCAGUACAAUCGCGUUCCUACUCGGAGCAAUCACCUCGCUCAUUUCCGGAUUCCUCGGGAUGAAAAUCGCCACUUACGCUAACGCAAGGACAACGCUUGAAGCCCGAAAAGGCGUCGGUAAAGCUUUCGUUACCGCGUUCAGGUCCGGUGCUGUAAUGGGCUUUCUUCUUGCCGCAAGCGGGCUAUUGGUCUUGUACAUCGCGAUUAAUCUGUUUAAGUUGUAUUACGGGGACGAUUGGGAAGGGCUUUUUGAAGCGAUAACUGGUUACGGACUCGGUGGUUCGUCGAUGGCUCUGUUCGGAAGAGUCGGUGGAGGUAUAUAUACGAAAGCGGCUGAUGUCGGUGCGGAUCUUGUCGGGAAGAUUGAACGGAACAUUCCGGAAGAUGACCCUAGAAAUCCAGCUGUUAUCGCCGAUAACGUUGGAGAUAAUGUUGGGGACAUUGCCGGAAUGGGAUCGGAUCUUUUCGGCUCAUAUGCCGAAUCAUCGUGUGCCGCACUCGUUGUUGCUUCGAUUUCUUCUUUCGGAAUCGAGCACGACUUCACUGCAAUGUGUUAUCCGUUGCUUGUGAGCUCUGUUGGGAUUAUCGUUUGCUUGAUAACCACGCUGUUUGCAACUGAUUUCUUUGAAAUCAAAGUCGUUGAUGAGAUUCAAUCGGCGUUGAAAAAACAGCUUAUCAUCUCCACUGUUCUUAUGACCGUUGGUAUCGCAAUCGUUAGCUUCAUUGGGCUCCCGACAUCGUUCACGAUAUUCAAUUUCGGUGUUCAGAAGGUCGUGUAUAACUGGCAACUGUUCUUGUGUGUAUGUGUCGGUCUUUGGGCUGGACUAAUCAUUGGUUUUGUGACCGAGUACUACACCAGCAAUGCUUACAGCCCGGUACAAGAUGUUGCUGACUCCUGCAGGACUGGAGCCGCAACAAACGUUAUUUUCGGUCUCGCAUUGGGAUAUAAAUCCGUAAUCAUUCCUAUUUUUGCUAUAGCAAUCAGCAUCUUUGUUAGUUUUAGCUUUGCUGCCAUGUACGGUAUUGCGGUUGCUGCUCUUGGAAUGCUUAGCACCAUUGCCACUGGUCUCGCUAUAGACGCUUACGGGCCCAUCAGUGACAAUGCUGGGGGCAUUGCUGAGAUGGCGGGUAUGAGUCAUAGGAUCCGUGAGAGGACUGACGCCCUUGAUGCUGCCGGCAACACCACUGCCGCCAUCGGAAAGGGAUUUGCUAUCGGUUCGGCGGCACUGGUCUCGUUAGCGCUAUUCGGAGCCUUCGUGAGCCGUGCAGGCAUCGAGACGGUCGAUGUUCUAACACCGAAAGUCUUCAUAGGUCUAAUCGUUGGUGCGAUGCUUCCGUACUGGUUUUCAGCCAUGACGAUGAAGAGUGUGGGAAGUGCCGCCUUGAAAAUGGUGGAGGAAGUUAGGCGGCAGUUUAACACGAUUCCGGGACUCAUGGAAGGCCUUGCGAAGCCUGAUUAUACCACGUGUGUGAAAAUCUCGACCGAUGCGUCUAUUAAGGAAAUGAUCCCGCCUGGCGCCCUUGUGAUACUGACUCCUUUGAUCGUCGGCACGUUUUUUGGAGUCGAGACUCUUUCGGGUGUCCUUGCUGGCGCGCUAGUUUCUGGUGUUCAGGUGGCGAUUUCUGCAUCGAACACCGGUGGUGCAUGGGACAAUGCCAAGAAGUAUAUUGAGGCUGGUGCAUCAGAACAUGCAAGAACCCUCGGACCAAAGGGGUCUGAACCACACAAAGCCGCUGUGAUCGGUGACACCAUCGGUGACCCGCUCAAGGACACGUCAGGCCCAUCACUCAACAUUCUGAUCAAACUGAUGGCUGUGGAAUCACUUGUGUUUGCACCCUUCUUUGCUGCUCAUGGUGGUUUGCUCUUUAAACUGUAGUCAUCAGCCAUCUUUUAGCACUUAAGUUAGCCUCUCUCUCUUUUUUUUCUGUUUCAAAAUGUUAGAGCUCAUAGAUAGUCAAAUGAUGAUGAUGAUGAUAACAUGAUGAUGUUGGAACAUGUGUUAGUUUUUUUUUUUUUUUUUUUUUUUUUUUUUUUUUUUGUGUUGGACUGGUUAAUGGUUCUAGAUGUUUGCUGGCUUUUAUGGUUGUAGACUUCUAGAAAAAGAAACUGUAUCUCUGUUUUUUGGAGUAUACAAGAAGCAGCAGUUAAGUGUCA